AUGGGCAGUAAAUGCUGUAAGUCUGAACCAGAUAAUGAUGCUCUAGAGAAAGAGAGGCAAAAAAAGUUGCUUCUUGCAAAACAACGCCAGAGAGCAAGAGAGAAGGCGGCUGGGAAGAUCCAGGCCUGGUGGCGUGGCAUCCUGGUGCGUAGGACCCUGCUGGCAGCCGCCCUCAGGGCCUGGAUGAUUCAGUCCUGGUGGAGAACAGUCCUGUGGAGGCAAGUGUAUAAGCGGCGGCAGAUCUCAUUGAAGAACUAUGUAAUCCAGGAGCAGGCGGCAGUCAGGCUCCAGUCCUGGGUUCGCAUGUGGCAGUGCCAUCAACGUUAUUGCCAAGUGUGCAACGCUGUCUGCAUACUCCAAGCUCCAAAGAGCUGCUUCACCUUUCAGACCAGUGUUGUUUCACAGGCACAAUAUGAAGGCACUUACAACCAGCCGGAGUUCCAUAUUGAAAUCCUGUCAGUCUAA